CCCGCGGCGCGUUGUGCCGUUAGUGGGCGGAGACUAAACGCUGUGCUGCGGGGAAAUAGGCGCAGAAACGACACGCCAAAAUGGGAGAAGUCAUGAUACAAGUUCGUAAGUCAUGUGUGCACUUUAGCCAGGCUGCGUAAGCAUGUCCACAGAUGACAGCAUCUCAGAGGACGUGUCAAGCUCUGUGGCACUGAGCCACGACCCCACGAGCCCCAAUGGAGGGAAAGAGAGCGAGGCUUCGGUGGUCUCCUCCGCGGACACAGUGUCGGGCCUGGCUCUUCCCGAAGAGGCGGCUGUGAUAAGUCGACCUUCAAGCACACCAGCAUGCACCAUUUCCAGCAAAAUAAGGAGUCUGUGUCUCAGCGGUGCUGAGGAGGAGUUCAGCUCAGGGAGAAGCCUGCCCUUUAUCAACCCCAGUUCUUUAGAGACGCUCCGAGCAUUGGUGCACGAGAUCCAGAGCAGCGAGACGGACCCUGAGAUCUGGAAGAACUGUGAGGGCAGGUGGCUGCACCUUUUUCAGUUGGUGGAGAAGCAAUACCAAGAACAAAUUCUUGCUCAGCAAGAACAGUAUCAGUGCCAAAUACAGCUUAUUCAGGACGAGAUUAAAGCAUUAGUGCAGCUACAGAAGCGACAAAGCAGUUCACAGUUGAACCCCUCGGGAAUAGCCAAGACAUUGCAGCCUCCAGCGGACCUGGAUAAUGAAAUCCAGGCUUCUAGCCUCUCAAAGGUCACCUCUUUCCUUCAAGAAAGCUCAGAUGAGGGUCUUGUGACCGUCCAGAGCAGUGGCUAUGGCACUCUUUCCACCUGGGAGCCUGGAAUCACAACAGGGAGCUUGGAAGGAAAGGACGAGGUGUCAUCUUCACAACGAAAGAAGGGCAGUGGCACUUCACACUCCCUUUUGGCUAAAAUGCCGGGGCAGGACAAUGUGUCAUGCAGAACUGUGGCAUCUAAUAAUUCACCUCGCACAACAUCCUCAACUGUGCCAAAUGUUCUUGCUGACAAGCCGAGGUUAAAGAGUCAACCACUGACCUCCUGGGCUCAGAGGCAGAAGGACAGGCAAAGAAAAAGCAAAUCGGUACAAAACCAAUUGCCGCAAAUGGAAGGGAAAGAAGAGAGCGGGUCAGGGGUCUCUCCAAAGGAAGAUGUGGAACGUGUGGAUGAAUUUGGGCGUAGUGCAGUCUACUCGAGCACUGCUGCUCUGAAGAGAAGUGACAGCCUUGUGUCGGAAGCCUCGGGUCUGACCUAUUGGAAGCUGGAAGAAUGCGAGCUCUACCGGCCUCUACCAGACAACUUUGAAAACAAGUCUUUCCUCCUGAUGCAGGAUGUUAAUAUGAGCCAGCCUCUAGAAGAGGAGGAAAGGAUGUCUUUGUCUCUCAGAGAGAUCUACCAGAGCAAGCAAAAGGUGGAUCCCAAAGGUCAGGAGUGGGACUCCUUGAUAAACUCUGAUGCAUCUUCACCUCAGGUGAGCAUUGAGGUGCUGACUCUGGAUCCCGGAACACACACAAGGCAGUCAGAGCGCACGUCGGGCUUCACAUCUCCCUCGCGCUUCAGCAGCCCCACCUCCCCAAUGUCGCACACUUCACAUACUGCCCCUCAAGUUUACAAUAAAGAUGGAGGCAGCCGUACGACCACCAUGACACCGCAGGCAACGGGCUCCUCUAAACAUGAACCACGCCCUAACGGCAGGAAGCUGCAGGCUUCAGCUUCAAUGGAUGACCCUGUGGUGCUUUCAUUGCUGAGACAGAACCUGAGGGAGAAGAAUGCACGGCACAUAGCAGACCUCCGAGCAUACUAUGAAUCAGAGAUCAGUGCCCUGAAGGAAAAGCUACAUUUGGUCGAUUUACCCCUAGACAUGGAGAAAAGCAACCAGAUGCUGCUUGAACGGUGUGAACACUUGGAGCGAGCUUUUACAGAGGCAAGUGUGCGCAUCAGAGAAUUGGAGAACAAGAACUGCCACCUGGAGAGACAGCUGGCGGAGUGGCCCGAGCGCUACGAUGCAGCCAGUUCCACGGUGAAGGCUCUGCAGCAGCGUCUGGAGGAGAGCAAGCAAAGCGGCAGGGAAAAAGACAUCAGCCUGAACAAGCUGAGGAGCCGCCUGCGCCAGCUGGAGGAGGCUGUACAGAACGCUUGCAAAGAGGUGGAUGACAAGGAGGCACGCAUGAAGAAAGAACACAAAAUGCUGCAGGAUCUGCUUCAAGAGUAUGACUCAUUAAGAAAAGAUCACGACGGAGUCAAGGAUCGCUUUUUGUCAACUGAAAACAAACUUUUUGAUGCUAAUGAACAAAUAGCAGAACUAAAAAGGGUCAUUUGCAAACUGGAAGCACAAGUGAAGCAGCUGGAACAUGAGAACAUGGCUAAAACUCGGCAGGCUUUGCACAGCCACUUCCAGCCUUCGGGAGCUGGCUUAUUCCACCAUCCUGGUCCCCUACUUUCCCCAAGCAAAUGGCUGCGAGACGUGGAAUGCAGCACAAAGAAUCCUGGCGUUUCAGAGAAAGCAGGAAUAGGAAAAGGCCGCCGUUCACCUUCAGAGAGGGAGCAGACACACGAGGACUCGACUAGGAGAGACGUAUCGUUGACCCCCGUGAUGAAGGCUCUGAUACAGAUGGAGGACACCAAAGCCACAGAGGGACGGGCUCUGACAAAAACGCACAGCGGCUCUCCCAGGUUAGGAAGCAAGAGACCCACAGUAGCAUUUGUGGACAGCGUAAGAGAGCCUUUACUGGAAAAAGGUGAAACCGUGCUUCGAGCUCAGAGAAGUCUUUCUCCAGAGGGCCAUCGCUCUUCAUCUCUUCCUCCCAGAGCUCAAAGAACAGGUCCUCCAUCCACACCAACGAAGAGAGAAACUCUACUUUAUCCGCUCUCUGCAAAGUCCAGUCCUAAGCGAUCUCCAGCAGAGAAUGUUUCCACAGCGUUUGGUCGUCCCGUGCAUUGCCACCAGCACCUGCAUAACAGGUUUGACUUGCACUUUGAUCAAACUGGUUUUGGCUCACCUCUGCCAUCGAGGCGCAACUCCAGAACGAGACUGCAACUCGCGUCAGAAGGUAAAACUCAGACCAGCUCCACGUCGUCUCAGGCUGCAGAGAGCAGUGAAUCUGAGGAGCAAGAGGUUUUGGAUCCACACCUGCUGAACCAUGACCAUGAGGAUGAAAUCAGCGUCCCUCGUGUUCAGUCUCUAACUGACGCUGAAAAGCUGUUUGAUGAGCUCACACAGGAAAAGCAGCGGAUUGAAGCAGCACUCAGUCGCAUUCCUGGGGCUGGAGCCAGGCUCACCUUACAGACCAGGCUGGAUCAGGCAUCAUUAGAAAACCGAUUGGAAAAAGUGAACCGUGAUCUGGGAUCCAUUCGCAUGACUUUGAAACGAUUCCACGUUCUCCGCUCUUCUGCCAAUAUAUAGCGAUAUAUAGUCGGAUUCCUCUACUAAGGAUUGUAAAAGGUUUUCUGACCAGGACACUUCCACUGUACAUAAUAUUAAUGUUCAAUAUUUCUACUUUUGUUAUGGUAGGAUAUUUUUUAUGUUUAUAUAACAUGUUUUAAUAUGCAGUCCAGAAACUGAUUUUUAAAGUAUAUUUUAGUACACAGAUUUGUAAAGGAAAAAAAGUACUUUUUUAUGUCAUAAAAAGAGUAUUGCCUCAUUCAGGUUGAUUUUGUUAUUUAUUUUUUCAUCUUGCUGCUGAAUCAAUGAAUGGCAAACAAAAUACAAUAGACCAGGACACAAUAUAUAUAUAUUUUUUAAGUUUCCAGCAGUUCAUAACAUUCCAAUUUUACUUGAAUUUUGUUUAUUUAUUUCCAACAUUUUUUUAUAUUUUUUUUGUUGUAUUUUUUAAUUUCAAGCCAUUUUGAUUCCGCCAUUUCCAAAAUGUGAAUAUUUUUACACAAUAGAAUUUAGUUACUUCAUAGACAUCAGUUAAUAAAGAAUUUACCAAAUGCUUUCAUGCAGGUCCUACACCAGGUUCUACAUUCAACUCUCUUUUAAACAUUCCACACAUGACUUUUAUUACCUCUUUUUAAACCACAUAGGUUGUUUAUGCACUCUUACCAGGCAGGAUGUCGACCACCUUUGAGAUGUUUGUGCCACUUUAAACUGAAUGCCUUUUUAAUGCAUGGAAAAUUGAAAGUAUGAAAAAGAAUUGUUUCACUCUCAUGAAUUAGGCUCUUUCAUUCCCUGUAGAUUGUUGGAUUGCUAUUUACUCUUGCAUCAAGCAGCUCAAUAAAAAAAUACAAUUAAUUGAAA